AUGGCUAUAAUGGCGAAACUGAUUUUCUCAAUUGUAACUUUAGUUAUUCUGUCUGUGUUUGUCACCGCUGAAAAACCCCAACUUUUGGCAACAUUUUCAAACGGUACGCCAGUCUACGGCUUAGCUGUUCUCAAAAACAAUUUGAUAGCCGUCUCGAGAGAAAAUAGCGGAAAACUUCAGCUAUACAAUGUAGCUAUUAACGGGCUUUUUACCGAGCUAAACUCGGUUGAUAUGGCUCGCUCUGAUAGCUAUUACGACAUGGCUUACCUUAAUAAGUCUGAGCAAUUUGUUCUUCUAAACUGGCUUGAUUCGAACAAGAUUAUAUUGAUGCAAUCUCGCUUCCCGUACGAGGUCAAAUCGUGGAACUUCACGAGCGAUACCACAAUGGCCAGUUUGGCGGUCACUGAAUCCGAUCAAACAAUUAUCGUGACCGAGGGCAUGUCUAAGCAAGUUAAGAUAUACGAUCCGUCUGGAAAACUUCUGCGCACAAUAAAGUUGCAAAUGGCAAGAUCACCGCGUCAAGCCAUCAGAUUGUCGAACAAUUUGUAUGCCGUGACGGCUGGGUACGAAACCACGGAGAGCCAUCUGGUUUGCAGGUUUAACGUGAAAGGGUACGUUGUUGGCAGGUGCUUUGGCGGCAGACCCGGUAAUUCAAUCAACCAGCUAAACGUACCAGCACGUAUGGUGCUUCUAAAUGACGGCAGUGUUCUCCUCGCUGACAUGAAAAACUCCAGAAUCCUAAAACUAAACAAAGAUCUCUCUAGUGCCGAAAUAUUUCUGGGUGCUAGUGAUGGCAUACACCAACCUUAUCGUCUGUACGCCGAUGAAUCUAAGAGAAUUCUCUACGUGGCCGAUAAUACGUUGGACCCUGUUACUUCUUAUGCCGUUUCUGGUAGAGUUAUAGCCUUCAGAUAUUAA